AUGUCCAAUGCACUCGCUCAUUACCUGGGACGCAUGAAAAUCAAGCACAAAUUAACCUCGGCAUUUCACCCUCGCACAAACGCCAAAGCCGAACGCACAAAUGGAAUUGUUAAACAAAUGAUCCGAAAGUACGUUAAUGGAGAUAUCAAUCGUUGGGAUGAUUACGUGCAACAAGCUAUUUUCGCAUGCCAGGUCCGUAAACACCGCACCACAGGAUUCAGUCCUUAUUAUCUUGUAUAUGGUCAACAACCCAAAUUGCCUGGCGAUGAGUUACCACCAUUCAUCCUUACGCCUACAAAGGAAGCGGAACCAACUCGUGAAACAUUGGUUCAAGGCCGUGUACCAGCUGUUCGAGCGUUACGUGAAGCACGUCUCUUAGCAGAACAACGACUCAAGAAUAACGCUAAACAUGACAAAGAGCGAUGGGAUUCUAUCAUGAAACCUCAAGUAUUCAAUGUUGGUGAUUAUGUUCUUCUCCGCCAUGAAAACAAAUUCAGCUUGGAGUACAACUGGAAAGGCCCAUAUCGCAUCCUUGCUCGCAACUUGGACACUCACGUGUAUCAAAUUCAAGACAUGCAAAGCAACACGUACGCUUCGUGGGUUCAUACCGAUCGUCU